AUGACUACGAGACUUUAUCCUGGAGACUAUUUUGGCGAAGCUAAACCACAAGACGAAGAAGGUGAACGGAAAUGGUUGAUCAACGAGAUAAUCAAACCUGAACUGCCCAACAUUAUAGACAACGUCGAUAAAUGUCUGGAAUUGUUGACAAGCGACGAAAAUUUUAAAAUGCCAAUCAGCAGUGGAGCUCCCAGCGAGCCGAACUCCUCAUACGUACGAGGAAUUCUCACUAGAAACCGUGGAUUUAUAACGGACUACCGAUUGAUCGUCAAGUUCAAGAACUUUAAUCGUGGCAGACAGUCCGCAUUCAAAAUGGACACCAGUAGACCGUAUCCCCUGAAACAAAUCGAUACUAUAACAGAAAAUCUGACGGCAGUCUCUGAUUUGCUAGACGUGCUGCAGCAGUGUGAGGAUGCGAGUCGGUUUGUGGAAGACCUGGUCAAAGUGCUGGAUUUGCUGUCCAAAUCCAUCAAUCUGCUGCAUUUCCCGCCGCAGGGCCUUCUUUUCCCGUACAACGGGAAUGCAGUGCUCAACCAAUUGUUUGCCAAUUGCGAAAUGCCGUUUCAGACCGCGCAUCACAUCUUGAAUAUCGACCUCGUUAUUUUGCGCAACGAGAUCAGCAUGGACUUCCGCAACUUGAAGAAGAUUACUACCAGGCCCUGGUGUGAUUUCGACGCAAAAACGGGGAAGACGUUCACCGACAAAGUGCGUGACAAAUUGAAGGCGCAACGCGGCAAGAAAGUCAGUGACGUUCUGCAGGAAGAAGGUCUGGAAAUAGAAGAGCCCUCGCUUCUCAGAAAUGUGUUUGCUCACAAAAAUUCACACAUAAGCACGACCCUGGAGGAAGCGCAAAACGUGCUGGCACGCUGUGUGACUUUCGAGUCAGGAUUGGUCUCCGAGUGCGAGAAACUGUCAAUUGCGACUAGCGACCCGAGCCUAAUAAGCAUUACGUCGAAGCUGAGUGCGCUUGAAAACUGCGUAAGCAAUUACUACACCAAUUUAACCCUCAUAUGA